CCAUACAACCGGGGUACAUGCGAUACAGAAGCAGUCAGGACGAAAGAUCUUGCGUGACCACAACAUACCUGCCAUACCAUACGGUUUCGAAGGGCAACAAUUGCUGCCGGUGGUUGCCAUAGUUCGUCCGAACCAAGAAGGCCGYACAGYACCAUUCGCCACCCACCAUGGCGUUGCUGCCGCCUCGGUUUCUGUUUCCGUUUCCGYUUCGCCUUCCGUUCCGAUUCCUCCUUCCCGUGCUCGUGGCCACCCUCGCCUCCCACCCCUUCCUCCUCGCCGGGGGCUUUCUCCCSCUCUCGGUCUCCCUCUCCCUCCCUCGCGGCGGCGGCUGGAACCGCCGGGACCUCCUCGGUGCGGGCGCGGGCCUCCUGGUGAUGCCUCCCCCCGCGGAAGCCCGGGCGGGAGAAGACCCGCCGCAAGCGGUGGUCCGCUGGGGAAUCGUCGGCCUGGGCGACGUCRCCCRGGUCAAGUCGGGCCCGCCCUUUUGGAAGUGCRAGGGCAGCGAGCUGGUGGCCGUCGUCCGGCGGACCCCCGGCAAGGCCGCGGAGUUUGCAAAAGGGGUCCCCGUCGGACCCUCCGGGGUGCCCUGCGUGGGGUACGAGGACCUCGAUCGGUUCCUCGAGCACCCCGGCCUGGAGGCCGUCUACGUCUGCACGAGGCCCGGAACGCACGCUUCCGUCGCCAGGAGGGUGGCCGGGGCCGGCCUGGCCUGCUACGUCGAGAAGCCCGUCGGCCGGUGCGCYUCCGAGGCCUCGGAGCUCACCGAGCUCUUCCGGAGCAAAGGCCUGCCCCUGUACACGGCCUACAUCAGCCGGGCCUACGAGCGGACCCUGGCCGUCCGGAGGCUCCUGGGGGACGGCGUCCUCGGGGACAGGCUCGAGCGGGUGUCCUACGUCCUGAAGGGAACCGGCGGCGCCAGGGACCUGGACGCCGGCGGAAGCCUGCCCUGGAGGCUGGACGCGGCGCAGUCGGGGGGCGGGCUGAUCACGGACGUGGGGUGCCAUUUGAUCGACCGGAUCGAUGCCCUCUGCGGGCCCCUGGUGGGCGUGGAGGGAUCGGCGGAGCACGCGCCYKCGCCCGGGGACCGCUGGGGCGAAGGCGUGGCGUUCGCCGCCGUGGAAAACCGCUGCUCCGCCACCGCCACCAUCGGGGCCUCGGAGUGGGCCUCGAUGCCGAACGGCGGCUGCGCCGGCGCCAGCGUCGACCUGUCCUGGGACUUUGCGAUCGACGAUCCGGCCCGGGCCGUGGACGAGCUGCGCUUUUUCGGGUCGAACGGCAGGAGCCUGAAAAUGCAAGGGAUGAGCCCUUCCGGACCGAUCGAGGUGCUGGAMRSGGACGGCGCCACCGUUCUGGAAAYCCUGUCCUUUGCCGUGCCGGAGCACACCGGGCAGGGGCUCAUCCAGGCGGUGACCAACGACCUGAUCGACCGAAAGAACGGCGGGCCAAACAGGAGCCGCAGCGACCCCGAGCGGCAGGGCCUGCUGUCCUUUGGAGAGAACGCGGUCCGGGCGCAGCGGGUGAUCGACACGAUGCUGGAUUCUUACUACGGCGGAAGAGAGAUCGGGUACUGGGACCGAAUGGACUCUUGGCCGGGGCGUCCGGUACAGAAGCAACAGGAGUCGUAGCCACGGUUGCCACGGAGCUGUUUUUCCGUCCUCCAGCUAGGAACCAAAGGUUUCAAGCUCGUAGCCGCAUCGACCGGAAGCGAUUCCGAAAGGACCCGCCACUAGAGGAUACAGACACCGAUAGCUCACAAAAC